AUGGUAUCGCGAGCCGAAGUCGCAGGCCAUUCUCGAGGCGCUCCCUCCGUCGCUUCACGGUCCCGUUCGAGACAUCACCAUCGAGGUCGAUCGCAUUACGGAGGCACGGUCCAUACACCGCAGAAUGAAUUUCCCUUCUUCUCGCAGUCGGGGGAUGUGGAGAUAUUAUUGACAUGUGACGGGCAAGAGAAGAGAUAUCUCCUACACCGAUUUACAUUGGCGCAGUUUUCAGGCUUCUUUGAGGCAAGCACCAGUGACGAAUGGUCGAGGGGUCAGGCCCUACCUCAUGCCUCUUCUUCCCAACCGGGGCAAGCCCUGAGUGCGAUUGGAGAAGAAUCAUCUCAAGUGAGCUCUACUCCAGCCCCAGCAACAAAUCAUCCCAUAGCGGCCGCGCCUGUCAGGCGAAGAUGGAGGUAUGAGCUGGACUGGGAGAAUCUUGAAGACGACGACGAGCCGAUCCUCGUUCAAAGGACACCAGAAGGCACCCUAUUCACGCCGUCUCAGCCCCCUCCUCAACCACCACAACGUCCUCAACCUCAACCAACUCAUUCGUCUUUCUUUCGCUCCAUGGCCAACUUGAGACUCUCUCAUCAUGUCCCAGCAUCUCAAUCAACGACACAGCUGGGAGUUCCAGCCCCGGCUCUCACCCACCCUUUACUCCGAGACUAUGAUAACUUAUUUCGCAUUUUUUACAACCACCCACCAAUCCUCAACUCGGCCAAUAUUGCCUCGGCUUACUCAGAAUGUAAGGCUCUGCUUGGCCUUGCAGACAUGUACGAUGCCCUCCCUGUUGUCGGACCUCGAAUCGACCACCAUCUCCUCAGCUUUUCAUCGCGUCUCUUCAAGCAAAUCGCCAAAUAUCCCCCUUCGUAUCUCAAGUUGGGCUACUUGGCGCGAAGCCGAAUUAUCUUCUCGGAAGCACUGACCCAUGUCGUAGGGCAGUGGCCCGCGGCGUUACCGUACAUCAAAUCCCCCGACCAUUCCGGAGGAGGUUAUGAUGUUCCGCAAUCAGUAAUUGACUUAAUCGAAGAUAAAGUCGACGAACUCGAAGAAUUGAAACAGAAGGUCGAAACGAGAUUAUUCAGAUUGACUCUCUCAACCAGUCGUGGUGAGAGGGUGAAUCCCGCCAACGACUAUCUUGGAUGGUUGGCAAUGAGUCUCUGGCGCCAGUGGCUUGCAGAGAAUACCACUCCCGAAGUAAGAGGGAUAUUGAAAAACGGAUCGAAUUCGCGGCCUGGGAGCGCAAACGCGCAGGGGAAUGUACCUCCAGCGCCCCCUCCAGGGACUCUCGCCCCAAAUCCGAUCCCACCCCCUCCACCACCGCCAGUCAAGACCGGACGAAUCUUCAGAAUGAUUGCGUCUCUGGAUCCCGAGUCCUACCUCCCACAUGAUGAGCUCAAACGAUUCUUGAAGAUUCAGCCGCCCGGUCAUAAUUCCUCGGCGGCACUCUAUACUCGGGAUAACUUGAGACGUUUCGAACGAAAAAUUGACGAGAUCAAAAAUGUCGCACGAGACAUUGUCAAGCCACUGACGAGGAAUUGUCUGGAGCUCGAUUUGAGGACUUUGUCCGAUGGUAUGGGUGGUGGAUUGGGGUAUUUGACUUGCGUCAAAUGUGAAGAGGAGGAUCUGCCUUGGGAGCUCUGA